ACAAAAUAGGGGGCAUUUUUACUGCAGAUAUGGUUAUUUCAACAUAUCCUGUUCCCGAAGGCUUCACCGAAUUAGAGGUGUUUAGCAUUAGCACCACUCUGCUGGUAGAAGCAUUGCUUGGAUUCUCUCUGAAUGUGUUGACCAUCAUCUCUUUCUGGAAGAUCAAAGAACUCCGAAUGCCUAGUAACUUUCUGGUUUUCAACCUAGCAUUGUCUGACUGCGGAAUCUGCAUCAAUGCAUUCAUUGCAGCUUUCUCUAGCUUCUUAAGAUACUGGCCCUAUGGCUCUGAUGGUUGCCAGAUGCAUGGAUUUCAAGGAUUUUUAACAGCACUGACUAGUAUUAGCUCUGCAGCUGCAGUUGCCUGGGACCGUUAUCAUCAAUACUGCACUACAAGUAAGCUCCAGUGGGGCUCAGUGAUUUCCAUGGUGAUAUUUGUGUGGCUUUUUGCUGCCUUUUGGUCCAUGAUGCCGCUUCUAGGAUGGGGCAAAUAUGACUAUGAGCCUCUAAGAACAUGUUGUACGUUGGACUAUACCAAAGGAGACAGGAAUUAUAUUACAUAUCUUAUUCCUCUGGCCCUUUUCAAUUUUGUGAUCCCAGCGUUCAUCAUGCUAACCGCCUACCAAUCGCUAGAUCAGAAAUUCAAGAAAACUGGACAGUUCAAGUUUAAUACUGGGUUGCCAGUGAAAUCUUUGAUCAUCUGUUGGUGUCCCUACUCGCUUUUAUAUUUCUAUGCUGCAGUUGAAAAUGUGACUUUCAUCUCACCCAAAAUUCGAAUGAUUCCUGCUGUUAUGGCCAAGACCUCGCCAGCUGUGAAUGCUUUAGUCUACGCUCUGGGGAAUGAAAACUACCGAGAGGGGAUAUGGCAGUUCCUUACAGGACAGAAGAUUGAGAAAGCUGAAGUUCAUAACAAAAUGAAAUAAAGUGUCGGGGCAUUAAGCAAGGGCCUCUUCACACACGACAUUCUUUUAAUGUACACCUGCCUUGGGUUUUUGAAGCGUGCCCUUGAAAUAUGAAAUGUGAAUGUGACAAAUAGGUGUUUGAAACAUAUAUCAUACAGGUAUGCUCAUGACAGAGCCAGGUUUGGCUGCAGCUUCCUGUUGAAUGUACAACUUGGUGUCAGGUUUCUUGCUGUGUAAUGUGUGAAACGGCCCUAAACAGAAGCAGACAUAGCUGAAGGCACCCAGUAGCAGAAACCAUGUAUAUUUACUAUGAAUAAAUUGACUGCGAUCCCAGAUUGAAAAUGUUUCACAUUGUCUGCCGCCAAUUAUUCUUGAAAGGAUGUCAUGCCAAUUUAAUUGUUGAACUUGUCCCUCAAUCUGCCGUGUGCUGCUUGUCACACAAGCUGCCUGGACCCUCUGUGGGUCAACAUCACUCUCCUCUUCCAUGUCACUCCAAUGAAUUGCAAGCUGUGAAAUUCUUGUUGUUGUUGUUGCAAGAUGGAACUUCAGGAAACAAAACAGGAAAGCAUCAUGGGCAUCCAUUGAGACCUUGUGGAAAGGAUCUCCACUGAGUUUGUACAUACGGUAUUUCUGAGUUAUUGAGAGAUUAAAGCAG